AUGCAAGUCCGAAAGCUCAAGACCAUCGUCAAGACCCUCCAGGCCUUCAACUACCACACCGCUUCCAAGCUCGAAAAGCCCGAGACAGACUUCCGCCUCCUCGAGCUCUACCCUGCAUCGGCAUCAUUACCUUCUAAUUCGAGGCCGUCAACAGCAGAACCCCCGGAUAACGCUUCCAAACCCCAGCAUGGGAACUCUCCAAAAAGCAAUAAUACCAUGCCAUCAAAAGAUACCCCACCUCCCCUACUAUGCCGCCUCUUCACCACCCCCCUCACCAACCCCUCUACCACUCCCUUCAAAGCCCUCUCCUACGUCUGGGGCUCCGACGCCACUCCCCAUUCCAUCAACGUCAUUUCCACCCUCCCCAACGGGACAGUCACAACCCUCUCCCUACGAAUAACCUCCUCCCUCCACACCGCCCUCCUCCACCUCCGUGACCCCGACGUCCCCAUCACAAUCUGGAUCGACCAGCUCUGCAUCGACCAGUCCAACCCCGCCGAAAAGUCCGCCCAAGUCUCCCUCAUGGGCAAAAUCUACUCCGCCGCAUCCCAAGUCCUAGUCUGGCUCGGUCCUGCCUCGCAAAACUCCGAUUCUGUCAUGCAGCUCUGGGCCGCCGUCGGCCAAGAAGUGCGCGACAUGGGCAUCGAAAGGUACUACACCAAAGAGGGCUGGCCCCUCCUCCACGACAUCAUGUCUAACACCGACCCCUCCGACCCCGAGACACGGCAGUACCAAGCCCUGCUUCAAAAACACGCACCCGAUUUCGCUGCUCAGAUCCGCGACGGAAGCAUCAAAUCCUGGUUUGAAAGGCCCUGGUUCACCCGUGCGUGGGUGACACAAGAAUUCUGCCUCUGCCCCGACACCGUCUUUGUCUGCGGCGAUCAAAAGCUCGAUGUCGAUUUGGUGAUGCUCGCAGGGCAGAUACUAAGUUACUCAACCUUGCUCCUCGUCCGCCCGCCUUAUUCCCUCACCGUGGAGGAGUUAUCCUCUCUUGACGAUCCCACGGCGGAUUUCUUCAGCUGUCGGAAGCGUCGGAGGGGUUAUGAGACCAAGACUGGGGAUGGAAAGGGUGACACGCUUUUCGUGCUGUUGAAAAAGAUGUUUGUCGGUAGGGAGACGUAUGCAAAAGUUUGGAGGGACAGGGUCUACUCGCUGCUGGGACUGGCGGUGGAUGCAGAGGCGUUGGGGAUCAGGCCUGAUUAUGGGGACUUGUGGGGGGAGGAAAAGACGGUGGAGAUUAUGACUGAUGUGGCGAGGAGGAUGAUUACGAAUGAUUACUCGAAACGGGUGGAUGUGUUGUGUUAUUCGGGGUUCCCAAAGGUAGUUCCAGGGCUGCCGUCUUGGGUGCCGGAUUGGAAGACGAAUACGGUCAAGUCGUAUUAUCAGGUGCAGGAGGUGGUUGAUCCACAUUAUUUUGCGGCUUGCGGGGAGGGGAAUCUGGAGGUUCAAGUGGUGCCAUCUUGGUCAACACGGGUGCUGGGGUUGGGGGGGUUUUGGGUCGAUACUGUUGACAUGCUGCCUCCGGGAGAUGGCAAGGAAGUCUGGUCUGAUGUGCACAGAUGGGAUGGGCCGCGCUUGAUGGGGUAUCUGAGGCAGGUCGGAGCUCUGCUUGAAGCGGCAAUCUCUAGACCCAGCAACCCGUAUGGCUCCGACGAACGACGGCUCGAAGCAAUUUGGAGAGUUCCCAUUGCAGAUACGUGGGAUGAUCGGUCAGCGGGGGUGCGAGCGUCUCGAGAGUUGAAGGUCGAUGUGCAGUUUCGACAGGCCGUCGAGGCGAUGUUAUAUGACAUUUGGAUGAAAACAACAACAGCUGAACCGGCAGAAGCUCAACGUAUCAUGGACGAGUUCAACUGGGACGAAAGAAUGAGGAAAGAUGAGCUGGGGGCGAAGUACAGGCAGUGUAUGGCAUCUGGUGGUGGUAACAAGAAGCCAUUCUUGACGACGAAGGGCUACGUGGGCAUGGGCCCACCUGAUAUGGAAGUAGGAGACGUGGUGGUCGUGUUUUGCGGUGGGAGGAUCCCGUUCGUGGUGAGGCAGCUGCCAGCCAAGGAAGAUGGAAGGAAGACCUUCUUGUUUGUGGGUGAGGCGUUCUGUGAUGGCAUCAUGGAUGGGGAGGCUGCCAUAGAAGAGAACCGUGGUGACUUUUUCUUGGAGUAG